AUGAACAGUAAGAAGCAUGCUCUUGAAUAUGAUAGUGAUAAUGAUAGCGACAUUGAAGGAAUCGCAGACAGGACCGGAAAACGUAUAAAAUUGGAUACCCUAUUUGAGGAUUUGAAAUUGGACGACGAUAAGAGGGAUAAUGGCAUUGGUAAAGAAAAGGAAUACGUUGUCCCCAAUGUUAAAAUGCCCUUUGGAGGAGGGAUAUUCAAGACAAAGCCUGCUCCUCGAAGCUAUACCUCAUCACAACUUGAUUCCUAUAUAAAUGAAAGAAUUGUCAAUCAUUUCCAAAAUAUCAUCACCUCUGGCUUGAAAAUUAUACCGUGGUAUAACUAUCAAUUCCUUGUUUUGUAUCGCUUGCAGAGGUGGUUUGUCAAGCUAUUCAAUCGAUUCAUAAAAAAAUACAAUAUGAAAAACAACUCAUCUAUUAAAGCGUUUAAAAGCCAUGAACAGAUUCUACGACUAGCUCGGGAUGGGCUCUUAUCUUGGACUGACUUAGGCAACAUAAUAAAUGAGGAGAAUAAGUUAGAGAUCAAACGACUAUUGUUGAAAAACGAAAAACGGCAGGCAAAGAGAAAUGAUAAAAAAAUUGAGGAAGAGACUGAGGCUUACAGGGAUCUAGGAUACAACUACUGGGACAAUUUAAAGUUUGAUGGAGACUUGGAUAUGCUCGACGCCGAUGAGAUGGACCAGCCUAGAUUUGAACAAGUACCCGAAGAGAGCGACGUAACCAUGUAUGAAGGCGAUGCAAACUCAAAUGGGAUAGAAGCGAACUAUGGAUCAUACUAUCAUAAGGAAUGA